UCAUCCUCCUCGACACCCUCAUCUUCCUCGACACCCUCAUCAUCCUCGACACCCUCAUCCUCCUCGACACCCUCAUCCUCCUCGACACCCUCAUCCUCCUCGACACCCUCAUCCUCCUCGACACCCUCAUCCUCCUCGACAACCUCAUCCUCCUCGACACCCUCAUCAUCCUCGACACCCUCAUCCUCCUCGACACCCUCAUCCUCCUCGACACCCUCAUCAUCCUCGACACCCUCGUCAUCCUCGACACCCUCGUCAUCCUCGACACCCUCGUCCUCCUCGACAACCUCGUCCUCCUCGACACCCUCGUCCUCCUCGACACCCUCGUCCUCCUCGACACCCUCGUCCUCCUCGACACCCUCGUCCUCCUCGACCUCGUCCUCCUCGACACCCUCGUCAUCCUCGACACCCUCGUCAUCCUAGACAACCUCAUCCUCCGCGACACCCUCAUCCUCCUCGACACCCUCAUCCUCCUCG